AGAUAUUCUAUGAAUUUCUUUUAUUUUUAUUUUUUCGUUGAUCGUUUUUCUUUUUUCUUUUCGGCCAACAAACAAGGCGGCGGCUUGCCAAAUAAACUAGGAUUUUGAAUCUGAAAACCAUCUCUCUCUCUCUCUCUCUCUCUUUGGGUGAAUAUUUAUACCAGCAGGUCCACCACACAAUAUUGUUUCUCUCUCCAACGAAAAAUCGAAGUGCGAAACCGACAAACAGUUUUCCCGAUUCAAGGCGUUUACACAAUCGAGAGAUUGCGAGCGGUUCAGCGUUCGCAGAUCGAUCGAUCCAUUUUGUUUUAAUUCUUCGAUCCGAGCUGGUUGGAUCAAUCCGUCAGUAUACAACUGUGAGCUCACCUGCUCUAAAAAGAUCCGAAGAUGUUCUUGUUCGAUUGGUUUUACGGAGUGCUCGCAUCGCUCGGUUUGUGGCAGAAAGAGGGGAAGAUUCUCUUUUUAGGGCUUGAUAAUGCCGGCAAAACCACCCUCCUCCAUAUGCUGAAAGACGAGAGAUUGGUACAGCAUCAGCCAACGCAGCAUCCAACAUCAGAGGAGCUGAGUAUUGGGAAUAUCAAGUUUAAGGCAUUUGAUUUGGGAGGUCAUCAAAUUGCACGCAGAGUGUGGAAAGAUUAUUAUGCCAAGGUGGAUGCUGUUGUUUACUUGGUGGAUGCUUAUGACAAGGAGAGGCUUGCAGAGUCGAAGAAAGAGCUUGAUGCUCUUCUUUCUGAUGACGCUUUGGCUAAUGUUCCGUUCUUGAUUUUGGGCAACAAGAUUGAUAUUCCUUAUGCUGCAUCUGAAGAAGAGUUGUGCUACCACUUGGGGUUGACCGGCAUCACUACUGGCAAAGGCAAGGUAAACCUUUCUGAUUCAAAUGUGCGUCCAAUCGAGGUGUUCAUGUGCAGCAUUGUGCGCAAGAUGGGCUAUGGAGAUGGCUUCAAAUGGGUCUCUCAGUAUAUCAAGUAGAGGGACAAUACAUUAUUAGACUUUAUUCGGUGCCGCUGCCUUUCGCUGCUGCACUUGUCUGUUUGAAAGUAUUGUUGGAUAAAUUUGACCCAUCGGUUAAAUUAAUUGAAUUUUUGAUAUAUUUCUUGCCGAAUGUCAGCAGAUAUUGGACGUAUGAAUACCCAUUUAUAGCUGACGAAAAGAUUAAAUUGAUGAAA